AUGCAGCGGCUGAUGAGGUUCCGGAUCCUCUGUGGCAUCCACAAAUCCUUCCACAUCUUCCACCCUGCCCCUCGGCAGGUGUGCCGCCAAUCUUCAUCAGGACUUAGAGCCCCAAGGUGGAGUGACCAUGAUACACCUGAGGAAUUCAACUUCGCCAGCUCAGUGCUGGACUACUGGGCUCAGAUGGAGAAGGAGGGCAAGAGAGGUUCAGAGACAGCCCUGUGGUGGGUGAACGGCCAAGGCGAUGAAGUGAAGUGGAGCUUCCGGGAGAUAUCCGACUUAACCCGCCGCACAGCCAACGUCUUCACGCAGGCCUGUGGCCUGCAGCAGGGAGAUCAUCUGGCCUUGAUUCUGCCACGCGUGCCUGAGUGGUGGCUGGUGACCGUGGGCUGCAUCCGGACAGGCAUUGUCUUCAUACCUGGGACUACCCAGUUGACUGCCAAGGACAUCAUGUACCGACUACAAGCAUCUAAAGCCAAGGCCAUUGUGACCACAGAUACGCUUGCCCCUACGGUGGACUCUGUGGCUUCUGAGUGUCCCACUCUGAGAACCAAGCUGCUGGUGUCUGAUCACAAACGUGAAGGGUGGUUGGACUUUCGGUCACUGAUCAGCAAAGUUACAUGUUAUGCCGAAGUCAAAGGAUUAAAUGAGAAAACCUUAAAAUUUAAGAAAACUCUUAGAAAACCGUUCCAAUGGCCCAAGGGAAUGACUUGCGGUGUCUUCCGGGGAAUGAAUAUCAAGCUGGGCUCCAUGGGGAAGGCCAUCUCACCCUUCGACAUCCAGAUCAUCGAUGACAAGGGCAACAUCCUGCCCCCCAAUGCUGAAGGAAACAUCGGCAUCAGGAUUAAGCCCACCAGGCCACCAGGCCUCUUCAUGUACUACGAGAACAACCCAAAGGAGACAGCGAAGGUGGAGUGUGGGGACUUUUACAACACCGGGGACAGAGCAACUAUGGAUGCAGAAGGUUACUUGUGGUUCCUGGGCAGGGACGAUGACAUCAUCAACGCCUCUGGGUACCGCAUCGGGCCGGUAGAGGUGGAGAACGCCUUGGCGGAGCACCCUGCGGUGGCGGAGUCGGCGGUGGUGAGCAGCCCGGACCCGAAGCGCGGGGAGGUGGUGAAGGCAUUUAUUGUCCUAUACCCGGAGUUCCUGUCCCAUGACAAGGACCAGCUCACCAAGGAUCUGCAGCAGCAUGUGAAGUCGGUGACGGCCCCAUACAAGUACCCGAGAAAGGUGGAGUUUGUCCUAGAACUGCCUAAAACCAUCACCGGCAAGAUUAAACGGAGUGAUCUCCGGAAAAAGGAGUUUGGUGGGAUGUCAUCAGGAAAAAAAACAGAACCUACCCUGCGACUUAGGCAAAUCUCUGGGUCCAGCACGUCCCAUGGCCCGAUGCUCCCUCUUGGCACCAGCAUCUGGGGAGACUCCCAGCUCCAUUCCGUAGCCAGGACCCAGGGCCAGGAAGGAGACUCUGCCUGCUGGACCACGCACCUGCCCCUGCGAGACACAGGAGCCCACAGCCCAGAGUUUCCUCGAUAG